AUGAAAACCCCUCUCUCGUUGUUGCGGCUGCACCGAGAACUGGAAGACAUUUCUAUUGCCGCUGGGGAUACAUUGGCCUUAGAAACGUUUGCUGAUGGCUCGGCCCAUUUGACAUGGCAUUUUCAUAUUAAAGAUGGGAUUUACGCUGGACAUAAGUAUCGGUUUCUAAUCAAAAUCAAAAACGACUAUCCUUUUUCGCCUCCUAAACCGGUAUGUCUUGAUCCGGUGCUUCAUCCUUCUAUUGAUCGACUGGGCCGGGUCUGUUUAAACAUUACUCGGGAAGACUGGAGUGUGCGCCAAGGGAUUCAGGCGGUUAUUUUUGGUGUAUCUUCUAUUUUCUAUGACAUUCCGUGUGAGGAUCCUCUUAAUGCGGCGGCUUUAGAGCUAUUCCUGGAAAGUCCUGAUAAGUUUCAGAUAGCAGUUCAGCAAACUUACCAAAACGGGCAAUAA